CUAACGAGCUCGCUCUUCCUGUAAGCGGUCAAAGUAAGGCACGUGUAAACAGUGCAAAAUAAAUCCCUUUUUACGAUGUCUUUCAUAGAAGUCAGCCCUGACAGCGAUUUCCCACUGCAGAAUCUGCCUUAUGGUGUAUUCUCAACGGCAGAUAACCCCACCCAUCGUAUUGGUGUUGCCAUUGGUAACCAGGUGUUAGAUUUGAGUGUCAUCAGACACCUGUUCACGGGCCCAGCCCUACAGAACCACCAGGAUGUUUUUGCAGAGACCACUCUGAACUCCUUUAUGGGUCUGGGUCGUGCUGCCUGGACAGAAGCCAGGAGUACUCUACAGCGCCUCCUAUCCACUCAGGAACCACUACUCUGUAACAACAAGGAUCUUAGAUCUAGGGCUUUUGUUCCACAGUCUGAAGCAAUCAUGCACCUACCAGCCAGAAUAGGAGACUACACAGAUUUUUACUCUUCAAAGAACCACGCCUUCAAUGUUGGCUGUAUGUUCAGGGGACCAGACAAUGCACUCAUGCCAAACUGGAAACAUCUUCCAGUUGGUUACCAUGGCAGGGCUUCCUCUGUUGUCGUAUCAGGAACCCCUGUCAGACGACCCAAUGGUCAGACAAGGCCAGACGAAGCGCAGCCCCCAGUUUUUGGCCCCUGUAAGCUGUUUGACUUUGAGCUGGAGAUGGCAUUCUUUGUUGGCCCUGGCAACAAGCUGGGAGAACCAAUCAGUAUAGAUAAGGCAGAGGAGCACAUCUUUGGAAUGGUGCUGAUGAAUGACUGGAGUGCCCGAGACAUCCAGAAGUGGGAAUAUGUUCCCCUGGGUCCAUUCCUGGGUAAGAACCUGGGGACCACUAUAUCCCCGUGGGUGGUCAGUAUGGAGGCUCUAAAACCCUUCCUGGUCCCUAACAGUGCCCAGGAUCCCAGACCUCUCCCGUACCUCUGUCACGAAGAUCCUUAUAACCUGGACAUCCACCUAGAGGUAGCCAUUAAAGGUGAAGGAAUGAGUAAACCAUCAACUGUAUGCCGCAGUAACUUCAAGUACAUGUACUGGACCAUGAAGCAGCAGUUGACCCACCACACAGUGACCGGCUGUAACACCAACCCCGGGGAUUUGAUGGCCUCAGGGACGAUCAGUGGAGAGACUGAGGACUCCUAUGGCAGCAUGUUAGAGCUGUGCUGGAAGGGAACAAAGACUGUAGAUCUAGGAAAUGGAGAAACCCGGAAGUUUCUAAAGGAUGGAGAUGAUGUCAUCAUGACAGGUUUCUGUGAGAAGGACGGAGUGAGGAUUGGAUUCGGUUCUUGUUCAGGACAAGUUCUUCCAGCAUUACCAAUGUCUUGAUGCAGGGACCUCUGCACUGCAAUCCAUUCUUUGAACAAUAUUGUUUUCUUUCAUUUGUUGUUUUAUAUCAAAGUCUGUUCUUUAUUGAUAUAAAUAAAUGAGAAAGAAAUGUGAAGUAUACAAUAAUUUUGAGGGCAAGAAUCUCAAUUUUUAAGCAUCUAGUUUCUUGUCUUUUUAUCAUAUGUUAGCCUCAUAGAAUGAUUUUGUUUGUUAGAAUUAACAUAAAUUUUGAAUUCAGGAAUAAAUAUGAGUUCAAUUAU